AGCACAAGCCCUGCGUGUGAGCUUUGACGUUGACGAUCGGUAUGGAGGAUCAGAAGUGCUUCAUCUGCUGGGGCGGCUCGGCGGAGGGCAUACUGGAAAAGCCGUGCAAGUGCCGCAUCGCACAUCGGGAAUGCCUUGAGAAGUGGCGUACCAUUAGUAAGCCAGCGAGUGAGAAUGGAUGGAUGGAUGCAUCAUGGAACCGUGGCUUCAUUCGUGUGUUCUCUCUCUCAGGCCAAGAUCCGACCCGCUGUGAGAUCUGCAGGAGGUACAUGAGCGGCGCGUCGGACAGCAUCACAGCCAUCCAUCCAUCCAUCUGCACCGAACGACCGACUUCAUUCUCUGUGUUCAUUGCGUGUCCGCACUGCAGCGUGUACCCGACGGUCGCCCCGCUGGCCGCGACGCUCCCGUCGCUGCGGGACCUGUGGGACUUCGUCUUCUUCCGCCUCAUGGUUCCCAUCUACUGCGCGACCAUGCUGCUGACAUACGCGAAGGGCUUCAUGGACGGCGAGCGGAUGGCCACCGGCCACCCCGUCUGCGUCGACCCGGUCUGGAUGUGCAGCUUCUGGAUGCAGCACCCUGACCCGUACUUCCGCUCGGGCGGGGCGAAGGUCUGCCUUGGCUUCCCUUACGACGCCUUCCGGGCAGCAUACGGCGAAUACGGUGCAGCAUACGGCGAAUACGGCCUCAAGUUCAUCGACGCAACGAAACAUGCGCUGAGUCGCUUUUUGAUGGCGCAGGCCUUGCCAGUAUGUGCGGGGACACCAUGCAGUCGACCGACCACAGAUGAACAGCACACCAAUCAUAUCGCCUGUGUAUUUCCUCUCUUGCCCCUCUCUCUCUUUGCAGGAGCUUGUCGUCCUCUUCGCGUCGCCGUUUUUGUUCAAGCCCCCCGCCGACGUCGCCCCCCAGCUGCCCAAUCCCAUCUACGGCAUCAUGACUAUCCGCAAGCUGCUUCACACCAUUCCACCCGUCUUUGGCUGGCGAUUCAUUGUCUGGCUCGCCUUCAAUGGCUACUAUGCUGGGAUCAGUCUGCAGAUGGCAGCCGACUUCCCAAGUCAGUGUGUGCACCGAACACCCGCCUCACCUCAGCAGUGGAUGUGCAAUCAAUGGCGUGUGUGCGUGUGUGUGACCGAAGCGGUGCCAGCCAUUCCUCGGUCACCAUUCCAGCUGUUUAUGACAGAGGCGCUCGAUGGCUUUUAGCGAUAGACGACAGACAGAGCUAGAUAGGAGGAGCGAUGCCUGGCUGUCUGACUGUCUGUCUGUCUUGUGUGCUGUAUUUGUGUGUUAUGUCUUGUGUGUCGUGUGUGGUCUGACUGACAUGCCCUCACUACGUCUAAGACAAG